AACGACUUUUGACUGAUGUUACCAGAACUUUCUGGUUACACACGCCAUGUUUAUGGAGCAACUCCCUUUUUAACUGCCCGAUAGAGUAGAAUGAAAUGCGCCCUCUUCUUUUUUUCUCUUUUUCUUUCUUAUUAUUAUUCAUACCUUAUCAUGCUUAUUACUGUCACUACGGAUGGAGACGAGAUGUAUAAUCUUGAAAUAGAUAAUCAAAUGGCUAUUGAGGACGUCAAGGCCUUACUUGAAGCAGAGUCUGGUAUUCCUCCCACUUCUCAACGUCUUUAUUUUAAUGGUAAAGAAUUGACUGAAGCCAAAAAGACAUUGGAGGAAUAUCAAGUAAGUCCAAAUGAAAUUAUCCAUAUGCAACAACAACAACAACAACAACAACAGAGUGAUCUUCCUAAUUUUGACGUGAUGCGUCAACAUGUCCUUAGAGAUCCUCGACUCUUACAACAACUUGAAAGUACAAAUCCAGAACUUGCUUAUGCAGCACGAAAUGAUCCUGCACGAUUCUCAGCUAUGGUACAACAAAUUGAACAGACAAGGCGUCAUGCUGAACUUCAGAAAUCUCAACUUGCUGCUUUGAACGGUGACCCUUUUGAUAUUGAAGCACAAAAACGUAUUGAAGAUGCCAUUCGACAAGAAAACAUUGCUGCUAAUUUGGAAGCAGCGAUGGAAUAUAACCCGGAAUCGUUUGCUAGAGUGACGCGUCUGUAUAUCAAUGUGGAAAUCAAUAAUAAGCGUCUUGUGGCUCUUGUUGAUUCGGGUGCCCAAAGCACAUUAGUCCCGAAACAGCUGAAUCGUGUGGUCUGAUGCGUUUAUUGGACACACGUUUUAGUGGUGUUGCUAAAGGAGUGGGUACUGCUAAAAUUUUGGGUCGUAUUCAUAGUGCACAAAUGCGACUAUCUCAAAACUUGUUUUUAACAUGCUCAUUUAUUG